UCCAGCUACAGCUGAAAAAAAGCAUCCAUUAUGGCCACCAAUUUCAGCACUCGCUCUAUGGUGAAGACCUACACUUCCAGCAGCUCCUUGCUAGGCAUUGGUGGUGGUGGUGGACAGGUGUCAUCUAUGAAGGCUGGCAGUGUGUGCGCUGGAGCAGGAGGCUAUGGUGUCCGCAUCUCUUCUGUGGGUGGUGGCCCCAGCAGCGGCUUCGGCGGGGGCUACUCGUUCCCUGUCAGUUACAGCAUGUCCGGCAUGGACGACAGCCUCAUUGGCAAUGAGAAGCUCACCAUGAAGAACCUGAAUGACCGCCUGGCCACCUACAUAGCCAAGGUGCACUCCCUGGAGAAGGCCAACGCUGAGCUGGAGCUGAAGAUCAUGCAGUUUGUUGAGAACAAGGUCAGCCCCAAAACCCGGGACCACAGCGCCUUCUUUGCCACCAUCUCUGACGUCACAUGCAAGAUUCAGGACGCCAUCAAGGUGAAUGGAGCCAUCCGCCUCAACCUCGACAACGCCAGCCUGGCUGCAGGCGACUUCAGGACCAAGUAUAAGAAUGAGCUGGCCAUGCGUCAGUCGGCAGAGGCCGACAUCACUGCAUUUAAGAGAGCCCUGGGCGAACUGAACCUGGCCAAGACCGACCUCAGCAUGCAGAUCGACGAGCUGAAGGAGGAGCUGAUCUACCUGAAGAAGACCCAUGAGGAGGACAUGCUGGCUAUGCGAGCACAAAUGAGCGGUCAGGUCCACGUGGAGGUGGACGCCAGUCCUGCACAAGACCUCACCGAGGUUAUGGCUGAGAUCAGAGAGCAGUACGAGGCCAUCACCGCCAAGAACCAGAGAGAACUGGAGAACUGGUUCCAGAUCAAGACGGAGACUCUGAAGAAAGAGGUGACCACUCAAACAGCCUCCCUGCAGACAUCCAAAACAGAGGUCACCGAGGCCAAAGGUAUGCGGCAGUCUCUGGAGAUUGAACUGCAGUCCAUGUUAAGCAUGAAAGCGUCACUGGAAGCGACUCUUGCUGACAUACAAAACCGCUAUGCCAUAAAGCUCUCCAAAUAUCAGAUGCAGGUGAGAGAAAAGAUUUGAGCGUAUCAGUCUGUAUCGAGUGAUUUCAUUUGAUCAUUCCAGUCAGACAGUUGUUGCUUUUUGCAGUAUGGUUUGAUGAAGACCUGAACUGUAAG